CGCGCGGAUGCGGCGGGUUCCUCUCCCGGCGGGCCGAGGGGUUGCGCGCACACGAGCGAGCCGCCGUGACGUGCUCCGCCGUGCUACGCCAGACAUCACGGGUCUCUGUGUAGUGGCGGCCCGGCUGUCCUCAGCCGCAUCGCCUGGCGAGGGUGGCGCGGCGUUCGCGGGUGGUGCAGCCGGCGACAAAGACGACCCACGGCGGACGAUCCGGUGGCAGAGUCGGCGCUUCCGCUUCGCUGCUUCUCCGGCCCCCGACGACGCGGGCCCGUGGCUUCCUCCUCAUCGGCCCAGCUUACCCCGCGGGCCCCGGGGCUGCAGCUAUCCUGAAGCGGUAAAGAGGCCCCGGGCCGCGCGCCCGCUGCCCCAUGUGAAGCAGGUUGGGCCUGGUCCCCGGCCCGCGCCCGGUUUCUGCCGCGGCCCUUCGGGCCUCCGGGGCCCAGUGAGGCGCCGCUCCUGGGGGGCGCGGUGACAGGCCGUGCGGGGGCGGAGGGGCCAGCUCGGUGGCCUCCUCUCGGCCCUCGGCUCCGCGAUCCCCGCCCAGCGGCCGGCAAUAAAUAAUGUUGAUAGGAGAACCAUUUCCCUAAUUUCCAAAUUACUAAGCUGGUCGUCAUAAUGGAUGAUCAGCAAGCUUUGAAUUCAAUCAUGCAAGAUUUGGCUGUCCUUCAUAAGGCUAGUCGGCCAGCAUUAUCUUUACAGGAAACUAGAAAAACAAAACCUUCAUCACCAAAAAAACAGAAUGAUGUCCGAGUCAAAUUUGAACACAGAGGAGAAAAAAGAAUCCUGCAGGUUACCAGACCAGUUAAACUAGAAGAUCUGAGGUCUAAGUCUAAAGUUGCCUUUGGGCAGUCUAUGGAUCUACACUAUACCAACAAUGAGCUGGUAAUUCCAUUAACUACUCAAGAUGACUUAGACAAAGCUGUGGAACUGCUGGAUCGGAGUAUUCACAUGAAGAGUCUCAAGAUAUUACUUGUAAUGAAUGGAAGUACACAGGCAACUAAUUUAGAACCAUCACCGUCAUCAGAAGAUUUGACUAAUACACAGCUUGGUGCAGAGAGGAAAAAGCGGUUAUCUGUAGUAGGUACCACUAGUAGAGAUAGAAGUUCCCCUCCCCCAGGAUACAUUCCAGAUGAACUACAUGAGAUAGCCCGGAAUGGGUCAUUCACUAGCAUCAACAGUGAAGGAGAAUUCAUUCCAGAGAGCAUGGACCAAAUGCUGGAUCCAUUGUCUUUAAGUAGCCCAGAUAAUUCUGGCUCAGGAAGCUGUCCAUCACUCGAUAGUCCUUUGGAUGGAGAAAACUAUCCAAAAUCACGGAUGCCUAGAGCACAGAGCUACCCAGAUAAUCAUCAGGAGUUCUCAGACUAUGAUAACCCUAUCUUUGAGAAGUUUGGAAAAGGAGGAACAUAUCCAAGAAGGUAUCAUGUUUCAUAUCAUCAUCAAGAGUAUAAUGAUGGUCGUAAGACUUUUCCAAGAGCUAGAAGGACCCAGGGCACAAGCUUCCGGUCUCCUGUGAGUUUCAGCCCUACUGAUCACUCCUUAAGCACUAGUAGUGGAAGCAGCAUCUUCACUCCAGAGUAUGACGAUGGUCGAAUAAGAAGAAGAGGAAGUGACAUAGACAAUCCUACAUUGACUGUCACAGACAUCAGCCCACCCAGCCGUUCUCCUCGAGCUCCAGCGAACUGGAGAUUGGGCAAACUGCUUGGCCAGGGAGCAUUUGGUAGGGUCUACCUCUGCUAUGACGUUGACACCGGAAGAGAACUGGCUGUUAAACAAGUUCAGUUUAACCCUGACAGCCCGGAGACCAGCAAGGAAGUAAAUGCACUUGAGUGUGAAAUUCAGUUGUUGAAAAACUUGCUGCAUGAGCGAAUUGUUCAGUAUUAUGGUUGUUUGAGGGAUCCUCAGGAGAAAACACUCUCCAUCUUCAUGGAGUAUAUGCCAGGGGGUUCAAUUAAGGACCAACUAAAAGCAUAUGGAGCUCUUACUGAGAAUGUGACUAGAAAAUACACCCGUCAGAUUCUGGAGGGAGUCCAUUAUUUGCACAGUAAUAUGAUUGUCCAUAGAGAUAUCAAAGGAGCAAAUAUCUUAAGGGAUUCCACGGGCAAUAUCAAAUUAGGAGACUUUGGGGCUAGCAAACGGCUUCAGACCAUCUGUCUCUCAGGCACAGGAAUGAAGUCUGUCACUGGUACACCUUAUUGGAUGAGUCCUGAGGUCAUUAGUGGAGAAGGCUAUGGCAGAAAAGCAGAUAUUUGGAGUGUAGCAUGUACUGUGGUAGAAAUGCUAACUGAAAAGCCACCUUGGGCUGAAUUUGAAGCAAUGGCUGCCAUCUUUAAGAUUGCCACCCAGCCAACAAACCCGAAGCUACCACCUCAUGUCUCAGACUAUACUCGAGACUUUCUCAAACGGAUUUUUGUAGAGGCCAAACUACGACCGUCAGCUGAGGAGCUCUUGCGACACAUGUUCGUGCAUUAUCACUAGCAGCCGGCAGCUUCUGUGCCUCCACCAGCUCCAUCUUCGAGUUCACCUUCUCUCUUACUGCACUUUCCUUUUUUUAUAAAAAUGAGAGAUGGGGAGAAAAAGACAAGAGGGAAAAUAUUUCUCUUGAUUCUUGGUUAAAUUUGUUUAAUAAUAAUAGUAAACUAAAUUUUUUAUAUUUAAUCUUUUUCUUUACAAGAACUUGAAAGUUUUUUUUAAAAUUUUUAUAAUGUACUGAUGUGGUUCAGAGAUAUAAGCACUUUAGUACAUAGUUGCUCUUUUUAGUACAAACAAAUCAUGUGGAAUAUAUAAAGAUUGUAGUCUUGCCUGUAUCACUGACAUGGGAGACAAAGAGAAGAAAGUGAUGUUCAAUUUGUAGUUUUUAGUGAUAGUAUUUAAAUAGAUCCUUAUUUGUGGGGUUUAGGGUAGGUACUCAACUUAAAGAAUAUAGGUUCCUUCUUAUAUCUGUAUUCUUUAGAUCCUAACCUCUGUCUGUCAAGCUCUUUUGCUCAGUAGGAAUCUUGAAUAGAAGAUGAGAAUCUCUAAGAGGUAUGUUUGUUAAUCCUAGGCAGUAUAAUAGGCAAAUACACUAUAGUGGAUCCAUAUUACUGGAAUCUAUAAACCUUGAGAGAUAGCUUCUUGCUUAAAAAUACUGUUGUAUUUGAAAGCAGGUUAUGUGCAGCCAACGACUAAAUUCAACUAAAACACAGACGACUGUUCAUUAAAUGUGUGAGCAGUAGAGGAGACCAUAUUUGCCAGUCAGUAGAAACAAUGGAAAAAACAAAUCAAGUGUCAUUCAGUGUAUUUUAAACGUUAUUUACUUGAGGGGAAAGUUCCCAAAAUGAAGGGAACUGAGAAAUAAUAAAAAUUGUGUAUCAUAUCUUUCUAUUUCAAUCCCCUGGUUUCCCAUAUUUGCAGUCUUUAGCUCAAAUACCCAUCUGUUAAAGCUCCUGUCAUGAAAUAAAACCCUUGUUCUUGUGAUCACAGAGUGCUAAGCCAGAGGCACCUCAGAAGAGCAAACAUCAGGUAACACUGAGGGCAGUGGUGGGGAGUCAUUUCACUUGGCAUUUGGCAAGGUACUACUAGCAUCUAGUGGGUGGGGGUUGGGGGUGCUGCUAAACAGACUGUAGAAUACAAGGACUCCCUUCUCAGAAAUUAUCCUGCCACAGAUGGUAUAAGUGCCUAGAAUAAAAACCCAGUUAUAAGCUGAAAGCAGCCAUUCACAAAUCAGUAAAAACAUUUCAGAGGAAAGAUGUAGGGCAAAUGAGGGUCAAAAGAGUCAGGGAUGAACAGCCCCAUCACAGCAGAUAACAGACGGUCCUUUGACAGCUGCUGAUUGCACUUGAAUCACUAACUCUCUCACUUUAGAAAUAAUGAAUUCGAGUAUUGAACCUUUUGAAUUUAGCAUCUCUGUAUAUUCUUUCCUAAAAGUCAGUUCCUCCUUCUAGGCCCAGAAAAGUACACCAAAACAAAGUGUUUACUAGCAGUGGGAAGAUUAAAACACUGCCAGAUAUUUACAGUGUAAGCAUCUACUUAGAGCCAUGUCAUUAAAUGGAAAGAUUGAUCUGGAGAGGAUCCCGCUGUCUAGUAGAAUUAUGAGAUUUAAAAAACAUGAAGGUAUCAGUAAUUUGGCCACUUCUAAAUUUUUCAGCAUAUUAAACCGAGUACUAAGUAGUUUAUUUUCCAAAGUCUAGACGCUAACACUCUUCCAGGAGACCCUAAUGGAAUGCUUUUCAUCAGAGGAGACAAAGAUUCUGAUUUCAUUGUUGUUAUUACAAGGUAUAUUCAUUUAGAUAUCUUUUAAGUACUUUGCUUCUGAAGUUAUGUAGAUCCGGCAUUAAUGUAUCAAGAGCCUAUCCGGCAUAGCCUGUAAUAGUUUUUGAAAUUCCAGUAGUGUAAGAGUCAAAGCAGAAAAUAUUAGUUAACACUUCUCCUGCAUACUAUAAAGCAAAGGAAGCCCUUACAAAGACUAAACAUCAGGUGCCUCCCACUUCGGCAAACCUAAUGUGUGGGUGUGUUGUAAUUUCUUUAUCUCUUAUGAGUGAGGACAUCUUUUCUACUUGAGCAAAGUCAUGGUACCUGGAUUGCUGGGGUUUUAUUUUGUUUGUUUGUAUUGUUGUUUCUUUGUGUCUAGUCUGGUUGUGAUUUCCUUUUGACUCAUUUUUGGUCCAUCAGGGUAAUGUGCAGUACAGAAGAGAGACAAACACUCUUCAAAAAGAUAAUUGCACACUGGAAAUCAAAGCAACUGUUAGCUUUUUAACAGUCUUCUAUUUCUUUCCUAAAUUCAAUAGUAAAUAGUUGUAUCAGAAUACUUUUGCUUUAUAAGAAAAAUAAAAUUAUAAAGACUUAAAAAUAGACUAAUAGUUUACAGAGUUAUUAUAUGGAAUAUGAUGUGAAUUUAUUUCAGACCAGUUAUGAAGGUACCAAAAACACAAUGAAAGUUUAUAUACAUACAUACAUGUAUGUGUGUGUAUAUACAUACACAUGUAUAAAAGUACAGACACACACACACACUUGUGUGUGUAUAAAAGCAAAUGCUCCGUGUGUGUGUGUGUGUGUGUGUGUGUGUUUGUAUAAAGCAAACCCUGCUAGAGCCAAAAAGCUCGAAGUAGAUGGGGUAUGGGACAUGGAAGGUCAAUAGUAAAUUUUAAAAAAAGAAAUUUUUUGAAAGGAAACAGUUUAGUCAAAGGAAGUAAAAUAUUACACUCCAUUUUUUUUUCUGCCUAAAUCUGUUUUGUGUUUUUAAUGCACAACUGAUUCUUUGGUACGGCAAUGUUUCUUUGUGGCUGGAAAAUGGCCAGACUGCUGACUUUGUGCCUUUAAAUGCAUUCUGCUUUGCCAGUAGCAGACUUCCGGUGCUGGACCCAGUUCCACUAGCAGCGUCAGAUGUGCUUCCAGGAAGCACCUUCUGCUUAGGCCCUGAGAGAUUCAAAGUGGCAUGACAGGACUGAGUCAAGCGGAAGACAUUUUGCAGUAAAUCAAAAGUAGUUGAAUAAAAGAGUUGGAAAACACAACUAACACAAUUUUGGAUGGAUUGGUAUUUAAAUGUAUUGAAGUUUUACAUACUUUGAGGUUUUCAGAAUGAAUGCCUUGAACAAUUUCAGCACUUUUCCUUGUUUACAAAAAUAUAUCUCUAACUUUAGAAACAUCUAUAAUUGCCUUAGAAAGUAUUAAGAGGCACAAUCUACAACAUGUGAGAAGUCGAAUAUUAAUGCACAUGCUGGUCUAUAAAAGGAAUUUAAAACUUUCAUUCCAGAGUAAAUUGAAUUGACUUUCAUUUGAGUCUUACCUUGUUCCUAAUAGAAAUUACAUAAAAAGUAAAAAUACAUUUUUAGAGUAGCUUUCUGCUACUAAGUUCUGACAUUGUUCAGGUCUGAUCUGUACUAUUUCUGAAAUAGGGUUACCAUAAAAUACGUGAAAUCGCUAAGAAAAUAAAAUCAAACCUGAAUAGAUUGGCAGAUGACCCAGCAUGAUGCAGACUCCUUGACUAAUGGCACAGUUCAUGCCAGAGGUUUUAUUUGGGGUCUGAGAACCUUUAUAUAAAUUCAGCUGGAGUCAACCAGGUGUACAAAUAUAUGUUUUAUUUUAAUUUGUGUUUUUGAAGUCAGGGUCCUCACUAUGUGGUUCCAGGCUGGCCUGGAACUUCAGUGCUCUGCCUCCACCUCCAGGUGCUGGGAAAACAGGCAUGUGCCACUAUACCCAGCUUUGUCCAGUUUUUUUAAAAAUAGGGUCAAUCUUCUUCAUUUUUUACUCAAUAAUUGUGAUGUAUUAUGUCAUAUUAAAUUAAUAUCCUUCAGGAAGUUACAGUCGAGGAUAAGUAUGGGCAGACAGUUAGUUUAUGGCAUACCCUAACUCUGAAAGUUUAGCAGUGAUGUUUAAAAUGCUAGCAUUUUUAUAUGGAAUAAUAAGGAAGAAAUUGUUUGGGUAAUUGUUGGCUAUUGUAGCCUCCAAAGACAUUAACAAGAAGGAUUAGAGUAAAACUAUCCCCUUAUCCCAGUUUAUACAACCUCUCUGUCCGAACCUGUUCUCACUACGCAACACAACCGGACUGUUCCACCACAACGGAACAUUUAUUCCUUAGCACACUGUAUUGGGGUUCUCCCUGACCCUGCUGUUGUUACAGUUUUAGUUUAUUAUUUAGAUAAUAAGGGGAAAAAUGCCAAGUUUUAUUUUGGGGUGUUGAAAUACCCAAAAUAUUUGAUAGAGGUUGAACUCGCACCAAGUGUUUAUUAUGCUACAUCAGAUUUUUUUUGAGACCCUAUUGUUUUAUCAUUAAAUUUGGCAUUUACUUUUAGAUGUAACAUUCAUAUUUAUUUAACUUUAACACUGGUUAAACUUCAAUGGAAAGCAAUUUGUUAAUUUUUAGUAGUGCCUUUUUCUCUGUAUGCCUUAAUUUUAUUUUAUAUGUGUAAUUGAAAUUACCUAACAAAAUGAAGUUUUCCAAAAUCACUAGGCCUCAAUAGUUUAUUUGGCCUUAGACUGUGUGUUGGUCCUUAUGUGUUUCUUAAUGCUUAUUUCCUACUCUACCCUUUCUACCUCCUUUAAAAAAGUUAGGAGAGAAACAGCAGCAUUAUCUGAUUGCAAUCUCCACUAGAUGUGAAGUCCUAAAAUAACUACAGAAAGGUAUUCUCAUUCUAAAAGACAUAAUAAAUUAAUUUGGGGGUUGAUUACUUGAUUUUCAGUUAUAUUGUCACUGUCCAAGGUUUUUUUGUGUAUUAUUAUUUGGUUAUGAUUUUCAUAGAACUAGGGUUGUUGUCUUGCCCUAAAGAACUCCUUUAACAAAAGUUGAGGCAAUGAGCAAGAAAUCCAGGGACAGCAAAUUCUAAUCCUUAGUGUUGAGUAUUUUGACUAAUAUUCUAGCUUACUGUUAUGUGAAGUGCGUGGUGUGCGUGUGUGUGUGUGCGUGUGUAUUUGGAGCUGGGGCAGGGGUAGGAAAGAAGGUGUAGUUAGUUGUUCAGUUAGAUCUGUCUCUGUUCUUGGAAGAACAACUGAAAAUGUAUGAUCUACUAAUUUGGGGUGAGAAUGAUCAUCCUCAAGUAGGCAUGCCAGUAUAUUUUCCGUAAGUAGCUAGUACAAAUGAUUGUUUAAUAAAGGUAUUUAUUGUAAAUUGCCAAGCUCUUAGUUGCUAAAAGUAGAUUAAAAUUCAAUUUGUGCGUUUGUGUGUAUAAUAACUAGCUUAUAUAUAAUUCUUAAAUAGAAAAUAUUCAAUCUUAGAUAUUUCUUCAUGAACUUUUUGGAAUAGAAAUUCUGCCAGACAUUAUCUAACCUAACCAGCUUCCUUAGCUUACCAAAUCAUUAAAAGGACAUAUUAUUAUACCUCUCUUUGGUUGGCUAAGGAAGGUGUGCUGUGAUGUCACUGUUCCUACUUCAUAGUCAUCUUUAGUGUUGCUUUGACUUCUCUCAUCAACUAGACAGGAUGCAUUAAGAGCUGUGGAAAUGCCAGGACCAUCCUUCUCUGCCUCUCCAUUCUCUCCAUUCAGAACUGGAGAUGACAUGCUUUCGGGAGAACCUAGACAGUUCUUUUCUUAGAGGUACUAAGUGUAGUUAGGUUGAGCUUCAAGGGAGGAGUCAAAGCUCCAGUAAAGACUAACUUGUAUCCAUUGCCUGUAUACAGUCUUAUAUAAUUCUUCAUGUUUUUUGUGUUUGUGUAUUUUAGUAGACAGUCAUAAGGUAUUAAUCAUAAGGUAUUGUUUCCUAACAGCAAAGACAUUAAACAAGAGAAUACUCCUGUC